AUGUCGCUAGCUAUCGCAGAGGUUUACACGGUGAGGAAGUUACACAGAGAGAGUAUGAAGAAACCGGCUAAAACGGUGGUUAUAGCCGACGGAGACGAAAAGAUCGUUGGAGGAGAUCUCCGUGAGGAGAAGAAGUCGCCGGUGAAACAGGGUGGGUCUAGAAGAUUCGGACGGUGGUUUCUUGGAAAGCCGGGAAUGAAGAAAAGCUCUGCUAAAGUUUCGGAUCCCAUGACGAUUGAGUAA